CCGCCUGCACCGCCGCCGCGCCCCAUUGGGCCGGGUGCCGGGGCAUCCCGGGCGCUGGGUGCCCCGAGCAGCCACGACGAGCCCCAGGUGGGGCCGGGCUCGAGGCCAGCGGAGGAGCGGAGCCGUCCGCGGCACGCGGGUUCCGUGUCGCCGGGUGGGGAACGCCGGGCCGGCAGCGAGACUUCCGCCAGGGGACCCGGAAGGGGCCGCGCCGCCGCUGCUGGGAGUUGUAGUCCGGCCGUGGUUGGGGGAGCCGCGGCUCAUGCGCGGUGCACAGAGGCUUGUUUCACAUCUGUAACAACAGGAGGAGGCCCAGCCUCGUGAUGAGGAAUAGCAAGGAGAGAAUUCAGCUCCAGUUCAAAAGCCUGCAAAAUCUGAGACUGUCAUUGCUUUUAUAAGGAUUCCAGCUUUCCCUCCUGGCCAGAAAUGUUCAGCCUGGACUCAUUCAGAAAAGCAUCCCUGGAUGUGAAUGAGGACCCUCCUUAAACAGGAAUGGAGAGGUUGAGCUGGUCAUUUCCAACCUUAGCUUCAAGGCAGCUGGAAUUAGUUUCAAAAUAAACCUUGAUCCUAGGCACUUAGUUCUAGAAGAUCCUACAAGCACGUCUGCUGUAACCCUAUAUCGGGCCCAGCACAGGCAGCGUCAGUGCAAACUUCCCCCACCCCGCCUUCCACCCAUGUGUGUCAACCCUGCCCCAGGAGGGACCAUCUCUCGAGCUUCUAGGGACCUAUUAAAAGAGUUCCCACAGCCCAAAAAUCUUCUCAACAGUGUGAUUGGAAGAGCCCUCGGCAUCUCACAUGCAAAAGACAAACUAGUCUACGUGCACACAAAUGGACCGAAGAAAAAGAAAGUCACACUGCACAUAAAGUGGCCCAAGAGCGUGGAGGUAGAAGGCUAUGGCAGCAAGAAGAUCGAUGCUGAGCGGCAGGCUGCAGCUGCGGCCUGCCAGCUGUUCAAGGGUUGGGGUCUGCUGGGUCCCCGGAAUGAGUUGUUUGACGCAGCCAAAUACCGAGUGCUAGCUGAUCGCUUUGGCUCCCCUGCCGACAGCUGGUGGCGUCCGGAACCCACCAUGCCCCCUACUUCCUGGCGGCAGCUGAAUCCGGAGAGCAUUCGGCCAGGGGGACCUGGGGGCCUAUCCCGCUCUUUGGGCCGGGAAGAAGAGGAGGAUGAGGAGGAAGAGCUAGAAGAAGGGACCAUAGAUGUUACCGACUUCUUGUCCAUGACCCAGCAGGAUUCCCACGCCCCACUCAGGGACUCAAGGGGGAGUUCCUUUGAGAUGACAGAUGACGACAGUGCCAUUAGGGCUCUGACCCAGUUUCCACUUCCCAAGAACCUUCUGGCCAAGGUGAUUCAGAUUGCAACGUCAUCCUCCACAGCUAAGAACCUCAUGCAGUUCCAUACUGUGGGCACCAAGACCAAGCUGUCUACACUCACCCUGCUCUGGCCCUGCCCCAUGACCUUUGUUGCCAAGGGGCGCCGCAAAGCAGAGGCUGAGAAUAAGGCGGCAGCCUUGGCCUGCAAGAAACUGAAGAGCCUGGGCCUGGUGGACAGGAACAACGAACCGCUUACACACGCCAUGUAUAACCUGGCCUCUUUGCGUGAGCUGGGCGAGACCCAGCGCCGACCGUGCACCAUCCAGGUGCCCGAACCCAUCCUCCGCAAGAUAGAGACCUUCCUGAACCAUUACCCUGUGGAGAGUUCAUGGAUCACCCCAGAACUCCGGCUGCAGAGUGAUGACAUCUUGCCCUUGGGCAAGGACUCAGGGCCUCUGAGUGACCCUAUCACAGGCAAGCCCUAUGUGCCCCUGUUGGAAGCAGAGGAGGUACGUCUCAGCCAGAGUCUGCUAGAACUGUGGCGGCGGCGAGGGCCGGUCUGGCAGGAGGCCCCCCAGCUACCUGUGGACCCACAUCGGGACACCAUCCUCAAUGCCAUUGAGCAGCACCCAGUGGUGGUCAUCUCUGGGGACACGGGCUGUGGGAAGACCACGCGCAUCCCCCAGCUGUUGCUGGAACGCUAUGUGACCGAGGGCCGCGGUGCCCGCUGCAAUGUGAUCAUCACCCAACCUCGCCGCAUCUCUGCUGUGUCUGUGGCACAGCGGGUCAGCCACGAACUGGGCCCCUCCCUGCGGCGGAACGUGGGCUUCCAGGUGCGGUUGGAAAGUAAGCCCCCAGCCCGAGGCGGGGCCCUGCUCUUCUGCACUGUGGGUAUCCUGCUGCGUAAGCUGCAGAGCAACCCCAGCCUGGAGGGCGUGAGCCACGUCAUCGUGGAUGAGGUGCAUGAGCGGGAUGUGAACACAGACUUUCUGCUGAUCCUGCUCAAGGGCCUGCAGCGGCUCAACCCGGCCCUGCGGCUGGUGCUCAUGAGUGCCACAGGGGACAAUGAGCGCUUCUCCCGAUACUUUGGUGGCUGCCCCGUCAUCAAGGUGCCUGGCUUCAUGUACCCAGUCAAGGAGCACUACCUGGAGGACAUCCUGGCCAAGUUGGGCAAGCACCAGUACCUGCACCGGCACCGGCACCAUGAGUCUGAGGAUGAAUGCGCACUCGAUUUGGACCUUGUGACUGAUCUGGUUCUGCACAUCGAUGCUCGUGGGGAACCAGGUGGGAUCCUGUGCUUCCUGCCUGGGUGGCAGGAGAUCAAAGGAGUGCAGCAGCGCCUCCAGGAGGCCUUGGGCAUGCACGAGAGCAAGUACCUCAUCCUGCCAGUGCACUCCAACAUCCCCAUGAUGGAUCAGAAGGCCAUAUUCCAGCAGCCUCCAGUUGGGGUGCGCAAGAUUGUCUUGGCCACCAACAUUGCUGAGACUUCCAUCACAAUCAAUGACAUUGUGCAUGUGGUGGACAGUGGGCUGCACAAGGAAGAACGCUAUGACCUGAAGACCAAGGUGUCCUGCCUGGAGACAGUGUGGGUGUCAAGAGCCAAUGUGAUCCAGCGCCGGGGCCGGGCAGGCCGCUGCCAGUCCGGCUUUGCCUACCACUUGUUCCCUCGAAGCCGGCUGGAGAAAAUGGUCCCUUUCCAAGUGCCAGAGAUCCUGCGCACACCUCUCGAGAACCUGGUGCUGCAAGCAAAAAUCCACAUGCCUGAGAAGACGGCGGUGGAGUUCCUGUCCAAGGCUGUGGACAGUCCAAACAUCAAGGCAGUGGACGAGGCUGUGAUCUUGCUCCAGGAGAUUGGGGUGCUGGACCAGCGAGAGUACCUGACCACCCUGGGGCAGCGCCUGGCUCACAUCUCCACCGACCCCCGGCUGGCCAAGGCCAUUGUGUUGGCUGCCAUCUUCCGUUGCCUGCACCCACUACUGGUGGUCGUUUCCUGCCUCACCCGGGACCCCUUCAGCAGCAGCCUACAGAACCGGGCAGAGGUGGACAAGGUGAAAGCACUGUUGAGCCACGACAGCGGCAGUGACCACCUGGCCUUUGUGCGGGCUGUCGCCGGCUGGGAGGAGGUGCUGCGUUGGCAGGACCGCAGCUCCCGGGAGAAUUACCUGGAGGAAAACCUGCUCUACGCACCCAGCCUGCGCUUCAUCCACGGACUCAUCAAGCAGUUCUCAGAGAACAUUUAUGAGGCCUUCCUGGUGGGGAAACCCUCGGACUGCACCCUGGCCUCCGCCCAGUGCAACGAGUAUAGUGAGGAGGAGGAGCUGGUGAAGGGCGUGCUGAUGGCCGGCCUCUACCCCAACCUCAUCCAGGUGAGGCAGGGCAAAGUCACCCGGCAGGGGAAGUUCAAGCCCAACAGCGUCACAUAUAGGACCAAAUCAGGCAACAUCCUGCUGCACAAGUCGACCAUUAACAGGGAGGCCACACGGUUACGGAGCCGAUGGCUGACGUAUUUCAUGGCAGUCAAGUCCAACGGCAGCGUCUUCGUCCGGGACUCCUCUCAGGUGCACCCGCUAGCUGUGCUGCUCCUGACCGACGGGGAUGUGCACAUCCGUGAUGACGGGCGCCGGGCCACCAUCUCACUGAGCGACAGUGACCUGCUGCGGCUGGAGGGUGACUCGCGUACCGUGCGGCUGCUGAAGGAGCUGCGGCGGGCCCUGGGCCGCAUGGUGGAGAGGAGCUUGCGCAGCGAGCUGGCAGCACUUCCCCCCAGUGUACAGGAGGAGCACGGGCAGCUGCUUGCGCUACUGGCAGAGCUGCUGCGAGGACCCUGUGGCAGCUUUGAUGUGCGCAAGACAGCUGAUGACUGAGCCCUGCUUCUGCUGGGGCUGUGUACAGAGUGCAAAUGUUUAUUUAAAAUAAAGUUCUAUUUAUCCCUUGUGA